AUGAAAAGAUUAGCACAAAAAAGAAGAGAGCCAACUGAAACUACUGUUUGUGUAUAAAUUCGAUAAAUUAUAGUUUAGUGAUAUGAAGACUGAAUCUGAGGAACUAAAACAACAAGAUAAAAGACUGAAAAAUUGGAAUAAUAUGUUUGGUAAUUUUUUAGGUGAAGGACUUGUUCGUUAAAAAAAGAAAAAUAAACAUUUAGAUCCAGUUUAUUUAAAAGAAGCUCCUAUGUAUUGUGGAAAUAAUUUUUUUGACAGCCCUUCAGUGAGAGAUAAUUUCGAAAAAUUUAUUGAAGGAGAAAUAACUGCAUGUGAAUUCUUAGCUCGAAAAAAUUAAUCUGAAUUAUUGGAUAGAUAAAGACCUACAUCUACUAAGAAAAUUAAACUUUUUCGAGUAGAAAAUAAUACAUAUUAAUUCAACUAAAAUAAACAAUAAACUGGAUUCUUAAAAUUACUGAAAGACAAAACUGAGGAGGCUAAUAAAUAAUUUAGAAUUAAAUCAAGAUUCGAAGUAUUAAGAAAUUUAAUUGAACAUAAAAUUAAAAUAAAAGAAGAGGAAGAUAUUAUUAAAAGGAGUAGAGAACUUAAAAAUGUAGGAGUCAUUAAAUAAAUGUAUGAUAUAAGUGAUGAGUAUAUCAAAUUAAUAGAAAGAAGAUGUGUUGAAAAAAGAUCAACUCCAGUCAUUGUUAAAAAUUCACUUAAUGGCCAUUAAAUGAAACUUAUAUAACACUAAAAUCCUUAUCAAAUUCUAAAAACUGCCACUUAUGAAAAUGAAACAAAAAAUAAAUAUGAACCACCUACUUAAACCUCUACUAUCAAAUUUUAAAUCGAUUAGAAAGCUCAAUAAUAUAUUGAAGAUCUCUAAAACAAGAAUUGUAUUUCUAAUGAAAAAGCAAAAAAAAAAAUAUUUUUUAAUUCUCAAUACAAAAAUGUUGUUCAUAAACAAUCUUAAUCUUUACAUAAUCUUCGUAAUGCUAAAUCUAUGGUUCCUUUUGUUAAAUAAAAAUAUUUGAAAAAUUAGUACAUCAAUAACGAUUUAGAACUUAUUAAAUAUAUCACCGAUUUUCAAGUAGAAGAUCCAUUUCAUGAUAAAUAAAUUUAAUAAAAAAUAAGAAAAUCUUUACUUAUAUCUGCAGGUAUUCUUCCAAAUCACCAUUCAUCUAAAAUACUUUAAAAAGUUUAUAAAUAAACCUAUCUUAAUAUUAAGGAGUAAUUAUCACAAAAAUCGUCAUAAACUAUUGAUGAUUCUUUAAAUUCAAUGUACGAAUUUAAUGUUGAUACCUUGUAUAAUUAAAGUAUUAGUUUGUAAAAUAAAUUACUUGGUAAGUAACAUGAUGGGUUUAGCAAAACUAUUAAAUCCAUUUAAAAAAACGAAAAUUUGAAAAGGUACAAAUAUAUAUAAUUAAAUAGAGAAAUAAUAGUAAAAAAUAUAUAAAAACUUGAGGGAUUAGAAAAAUUGAAAGUAGCUGAAUGA